UGUGUAUGUGUGGACAUCCACUUAUGGUACCAGUAAGAAGUUUAAAGGCCUACAGGAGAUUCUUGUGUCAGAUGUCCAUAUUGACCUACUUGGAUUCAUGUGUUUACGAUGUUGACUGUGGUUGUUGUGGCUGGAUGUGGAGAUAACUCUUCUGUUGACCGUGAGAUGAAGGUGUGUUUAUUCUGGCUGGUUGAUGUUGACUGUUGUCCCUUCAGUGUUGACCUGCUAAUAAAUUCCAGUCGGGGGAGAUGUGUUUACUCUCACUAUGCAAGGAAACAUCUGUCAACAGUCAAGACCCACAGUAUACUGUUUCCUUGAAAACAAAGUUGUAUCAGUUGUUAUUUAUGUGUUAUUGCUGUGGUGAUUCUAAUCAUGUCCUCUCCUCUGCUACCAGGGUGUCCACAGCAGUUUAACAGAUUCAUGGAGAAGAUACUGACAAUAGGUCUGACUCUUUUUUUAACGCUCUGUGUGGACAUACGAGGAGCAGGAGGACUGAAGGAGGGGGCAAAUGGCGAAAACAUCCAGAAACGUUCACCCCGAUCUUCAGAUUCAAAAGGAGGCCGUUGCUCCUACACUUUCAUUGUCCCACAGCAAAAACUGACAGGUGCGCUGUGUUUGAACACGCAGUCUGCUUCUGCCAACCAGUCAGAGGUGGCAGCGCUGCGGGCGGAGCUCAGACGGCAGCAGGAGCAGCUGGAGAAGCUUCAGGGCCAAUUGGAGAAGGACGGGUCCCUUGCCAUGGAGGUAAGAGCCCUGCGCAAAGAGAGUAACAGCAUGAAUUCACGCAUUGCCCAGCUCUAUGCCCAGCUGCUACAUGAAGUCAUACAUAAGAAAGACCAGGCUUUGGAACAGCGAAGGGUAGAGAACCUCCUGCUAAAUGCUACAACACAGGCGCUGCAGGUGUCCAGUAACUACAGGGAGCUGGAGAAGAAGUAUGGAGCCCUCACCUCCAUGUUGAGUUCCCAGAACCAGUUUAUUGCUCGUCUGGAGAAGCAGUGCCAGUGCAAGGAGACCACCCAGACCUUGCUGGUGACAACUGAAUCCCCAAAAAGCCAGCCUAAUGUGCAUCUUAAUCACAGCACAGAAGCCAACGAAAUGACCAAUGACGUUCAAAGGGACCAAAGUGUUCUUCCACCGCAGCAGGAAAAAACACUUCUCUCUCUCCCCACCACCGCAGCCAACACCACUACAGACCCUCCUUUCAUUAGUUUCCCCGUCACAAAGACUCCAGGGCCAUGGCGGGACUGCCACCAUGUGCUGGAAUCAGGUGAGACCACCAGCGGGAUCUACCUGCUCCGUCCACAGAGUGCCAACCGCCUCCUGCAGGCCUGGUGCGAGCAGAGUCGGGCUCAGGGAGGGUGGACUGUCAUCCAGAGGAGACAGGAUGGGUCAGUGAAUUUCUUCAGGACCUGGGAGCAGUAUAAGCAAGGCUUCGGUAACCUAGACGGCGAGUACUGGCUCGGCCUGGAACACCUCUACUGGCUGACUAAACAGGCCCAAUAUAAGCUACGGAUAGCUCUGGAGGACUGGCAGGGCCGGCAGGUGUUCGCUGAAUAUGACAGCUUCCGCCUGGAGCCGGAGAGCGAUUGGUACCGACUGCGGUUGGGACAAUACCACGGCAAUGCAGGGGACUCCCUCUCAUGGCACAAUAACAAGGCCUUCACCACUCUGGAUCGAGACAAGGACAGCUACACAGGCAACUGCGCUCAUUACCAAAAAGGAGGCUGGUGGUACCACAUGUGUGCCCACUCCAAUCUGAACGGUGUGUGGUAUCGGGGCGGGCACUAUCGCAGCCGCUAUCAGGAUGGGGUCUACUGGGCGGAGUUCCACGGAGGAUCCUACUCUCUCAAACGAGUUUCCAUGAUGAUCAAACCCUCAUAAGAUAGUUGCAUUAUGGGCAUGUGCAAAAGAGAUAUAAUGAUGAACUGUUGCAGGCAGAUGAAGAGGGUCUGUCGCACCCAGUAAUGUAAUAAUUUCCUGAAAAUGAAAUAAAAUUUUCACUCAACCUGACUGAAAAUAUAAUUAACCCAAUAAUUGAAUAACUUGACCAAUAAUGUAAUAAAAUGCUAACUGAUAUUGUAAAACCAUUUCUGCCUAUAAUGUAACACCUUUCUGGUGGGUUCUUUUUUUUCAAAACUGAUAAUGUAAUAAGUGUACAAAAGAAGCUUUUUUCUCAGAAAUAUAAAGUGUGCUAGUUAUACAAAGUUUAUAAUGCCGUUUGUGUCUACUGAAAACACUAACAUUUGACACUAAUUUCAUUUUUAAAAAUGUAA